AUCACGACCUGAGCUGAAGGCAGACGCUUAACGAAUGAGCCACGCAGGCGCCCCGAUACCGUAUUAACUCUUUACCGUUUGGUGGUACCUGGCAGAGAGCUGCUGUUCCAAUAGAGCGUGUUUUCAGCGGGGUGUCCCGAGCCCUUUGGUCUCAGGAGUCCAGUCUGUAUUUGUUUAGCGGUUCAGGUGUUGCUGUGAAAUGUCUAGAAAAAUCGGGGUCCUAACCUAGAUCUGGAAAGCCAAGCAUAAGAAUGAGGAUGAGUUUUGGGUUGACUUUCAGAGCAGCAAAAGGCCACUGGAUGGUGAAUAUCAGCCGGCAGUGCUCACAUGGAUCCAUUGGGUUAUUUGUGCCACCAAGUCCUCCUCGGGACCCUGAGAAGGUCAAAGAGUUACAGCGCUUCAUCACUCUUUCCAAGAGACUCCUAGUGAUGACUGGGGCAGGAAUCUCCACUGAGUCGGGGAUCCCAGACUACAGGUCAGAAAAGGUGGGACUCUACGCCCGCACCGACCAGAAACCCAUUCAGCAUGGGGAUUUUCUACGGAGUGCUCCAAUCCGCCAGCGGUACUGGGCGAGAAACUUUGUAGGCUGGCCUCGGUUCUCCUCCCUCCAGCCAAACCCUGCACAUUGGGCACUGAGCAACUGGGAGAGACUCGGAAAGCUAUACUGGUUGGUGACCCAAAAUGUGGAUGCCUUGCACACAAAAGCAGGGAGUCAGCGCCUGACAGAACUCCAUGGAUGCAUGCACAGGGUUCUUUGCUUGGACUGUGGCGAACAGAUUCCCCGGGCGGUGCUGCAGGAGCGUUUUGAAGCCCUGAACUGCACCUGGAGUGCCGAGGCCCAUGGCCUGGCUCCGGAUGGCGACGUCUUUCUCACAGAGGAGCAGGUGCAGAGCUUUCAGGUCCCGUCCUGCGCUCGAUGUGGGGGCCCCCUGAAACCAGAUGUCGUUUUCUUUGGGGACACAGUGAACCCUGACAAGGUUGACUUUGUGCGCAGGCGUGUAAAAGAAGCGGACUCCCUCUUGGUAGUGGGCUCGUCGUUGCAGGUAUCUGACUUGGUCAGGGUGGUGACUGCCCCUUUUGUGGGAUGGAGAACCCCGGAGAGGCUUCCUGUUUGGUUUCUUUCUUCCUGCAUCGAGAGUUCUCACUGGUGUCUUCUUCUUCUAAGGUGUACUCCGGCUACAGGUUUAUCCUCACUGCCCGAGAGAAGCAGCUCCCAAUUGCAAUACUUAACAUUGGGCCCACACGGUCAGACGACUUGGCAUGUCUGAAACUGGAUUCUCCUUGCGGAGAGUUGCUGCCUUUGAUAGACCCACGCUGACCACAGCCUGGUGAUCCUGAGCCCGAAGCUGGGACUUUCACUGUAAUCCUAUUAAAGGUUCAUAAGGAUUCCUCACUUCUUCCUCUAACUAAUCAAGCUCACUGAGUGCAGCCUGUAGAGGGCAGCAAACCAACAUCUUUCUCCCAGCCCCUCUCUGAACUGGGCAGGUUUGAGUGUGGCUGAGAUUUGACCCUGAAGAAAGACUUUUUCAAAGCAGCGGCUGCUCUUGAUAGGGAAAACUGCCCUCAUUUGCUUUUUAUCUCACCAGGCAGAAGAAACAGCUUGGGAAAUAUGUAGGCCAGAACGGUCUCUGGAGUGCUAACCCAGGAAUCUCACUAAUGUGGGGGUGAGGGGAGAAGAAAAUGACUUCAUUUGGGGCACCUGGGUGGCUCAGAUGGUUAAGCGUCUGCCUUCGGCUCGGGUCAUGAUCCCAGGGUCCUGGGAUCGAGUCCCAC